GGACAAAAUAUAGAUACUAAUGUAAAUGAAAGUGGUAAUAGAUUAAUAGAAAAUAGUUUAAGGAGAUGGGCUAUUGAGAAUAUCAGUACCCAAGGAAUUUCUAAUAUUGCCAUAGCUGUUCGUAAUGCUACUGGAAGACUUUGCGACGUCGUACGUAUUUUGAAGAGUAGAGGAAUGCAAAGUGAAAUGAAUAUAACAAAUAUAACAACUAAUGAUUAUUAUUUUAAAAGAGAUUUACUAGAUAAUUUACCAGUUAGUAAAUUUUAUAUAUUAGUAGAAUUAUUCGAACCUUUGAAACAUAUCAAUGUCGUUACUGAGAGAAAUGUUACGGAUCUAUUUGUUAAAGCUACUAAUAUUUUAAGUGAGAUUCCUCAGUUUACUUUUGAUAUGGAAUACAAGACACUCGAAUCAUUUCUGAAAUUUUUAUUUCUACAUGCAAAUAUCUCUAUUUUUGGAUCCGCGUUUGAAACAAACAAAUUUUCUUUCUUAU